AUGGAGUAUGAUGAUCCUUAUGAGCAGUAUCUUUUAGCCGUAUUUCAAAGUUGUGAUGAUUAUUAUCAAGGUAGUUUAAGCGCAGCUGGACUGCAACAAUUGUGCGAAAAACUUCAACUUCAAGAUAGUUGUGGAAAAUUAACAAAAUGCUUAUUAGAUGAUUUUAAAUCUAAAAGAGUUAGUUUUGAAGAUUUUAAAAAUGGGUUAUUAAGAAUCCUCGACGAAAUGGAUAGGGCAGAAAAAUCAAUUUCAGUUAAUGAAAAUCAUUCUGAGAAUACAAUUAUUAAUGAAAAGAAUGCAAUUUAUUUAAAAUCGGAAGAUGAUAGCGAUUAUGAAAAUGAAAAUUUUUCAAAUAAUUCUUUUAAAAUGCAACAUGAUUUGUUACCUGUUUAUAGCUCAGACAAUAGUUAUUUCGAAGAAGCUGUCCCUAAAAAACCCAAGAAAAGAGUUUUGAAAAAAAAUAAAAGAAAACUUUACACUAAAGUGUCUGGAAAAAGCGAUUUAAUAAUUGACCUUAAUAAUACUACCUCGGUUAAAUCUACUAACGAAGUGGAGCACCUGGUCACUGCGUGGUCAAACAUAUCCAGAGGUGUCACGGAUAGUUUAAAUAAAGACGAUUUAGUAAAAGUUUUUCAAUGUGUGGGCUUAGAAAAGAGCUCAGAAGAGGCCGCUCAAUGCGUUUUUGAGAAACUCGAUGUCGAGGAUAACGGAAGAAUAACUUUACAAGAAUUAUUAGAAUUUAUAAGGAGUGGAGGGAGUUGGUGUAAAGAAAGCAGAAGUCAACCCAUGGAAUUGGAACCAACACAAAAAAAUAUUUCAAUGGAUUUUAUAGAACCUUCUAGCCUUGGCUGUAUAACCGGUGCCUUUUUAGUCGAACAAUGGGAAAGUGCUGGAGUACCUGGUGCGCCUCAACUUCUUCAAAACCUCGGUUUUUCUCUUUCACAACAAAUCGAUUUAUCAUCACUUGUAUCCAUGUUGUCUGACGAAAUAAAGGGCCUGAACGAUGAAGUUAAAUCCACCAGACGCAGCAUGGAUCCUCAUCUUGCACUCCUCUGGGCAAAUUCCGUUUUGCAAAUCAUCUACAUUCAGACAUUAAAAACUAUGAUAGAGCAUGUAAAUGCAGAAAAAGAAAAAUUACGAAACGAUGUUACGGAAGCCAAUCAAAGAGCUUUACUUUUGGCUCAAGAAGUUGACGAACAUCAUUCAAAACUCGAGCAUUCCACGCAACAACAAGUUAAGAACUUGGAACAAAAGCACGCGGAGAAAAUUAGAGAAUUGACUAAUCAAGCAAAAUCAGAACAAGAUACUCUCCUUGCUCAAAACAUGGUACUCGAAAGAAAAUUAAAACAGCUAGAAAGUGACGAAGUGAAAAAUAAAAACUUGAUAUCGCAGUUGGAAAUGGAAAAUAGGAUGUUGGAACAGGAGCACAGAAAUGUCAUCGACCAAUUAUCGGCAGUGCAAUCAUCUAAAAAAAAAUUAGAAAAAGAUUUGGAAAAUGUAUCCGUGCUUCAACAAAGGGUGUCCGAAAUGGAGUCGAACAUGAGCGAAAAUGACGUAAUGAAUUUGUUGGAAAGAAUACAGAUAUUGGAAAAAGAAAAUACUUGUCUUCGCGACAGAAAUGACGAGUUGUCAAUCGAAGUGGAAGAAUUGUCAAUGAAAUUAUUGAACGCAUCAAUGAAAAAGCAACAAAAUACAUCGAAUUUGCCCUCGAUGGAACUCUCGAUGGAAGAAGGUUUCGUAGGUGGUGGAAUGAAACGACGAGGAGAUUCGUUUGUGGUAUCGGAUUCAGCCGAAGACAGCGGAGGAGAAGAAGGAAGUCCGAGAUUGGGAAAAGUACGAAAAUGUUCAAACGUGAAAAGUUUUGCGGAUGCAACAUCAUCGAUGCAAGAACUUCAAAUUCAAGAAAAAAAAAAUUUUAAAGAAUGCGGACAAAGUUCACCCUCAACGGCCGAAUUACCUUUUUCAAAUAUCGAAGACGUUUGUGUUGAAGAAGAAAAAGAAAAAAUCGGAGAGGAAAAUUUAGAUGCCAUCGAAAGAAUACGAGGGAUACAGAAAAAAUUAAACGAAUAUGAUAAAAGUUUGGGUGAUGAUUUAAUGGCCGCGUUCAACGAAUUACUAGUUAAAAAUAAUAAAAAUAAUGAAGAAGAGGAUAAAAAUUUACGGAAUCGUUGCAAGGAACUCGAAUCCAGUUUGGAAUUACUUAGAAUGGAAUAUGAAAAAACGGAAGAUUAUUGGUCGGAAAAACUCGAAGAGGAAAGGAUAUUUUUCGAAGAAUUACAAAAGCUCAGCGAUAAAAAAUAUUCCGAACUUUUAGAUAAAAUAUUAGAAUAUGAGGACAUGCUUAAAUGUGAAAAAGAACAAAAACAACGUUUGGAAACAAUCGAAGAAAAAGACAGUUUCGAAAAACAGGUUACCGAAAUGGAAGAAGAAUGUGCUGAAUUAAAAUACAAGUUAGCUGAAACGAUGAGAAUGAAAGAUUUAGAAAUCGAACAACUUAAAAAUGAAAUUGCGAAUUUAAAACUCACGAGAGAUUUCACGGAUUCGGGAGUUCAAGUUUCCGACGGGGCCAACAUUGAUUCAAACGAAUCGUCGGACGUGCAAAAUUCACACGUGAAAUUAACAACGAGUCGGAAAUCUUUAAAUUCUUUCCAAGAUAAAAAUUUUUGCAAACAAUGCAACGGAGAUUUGAAAAAAUCAUACGAGACAAAAUUAAAAUACCAACGAGAAUUGGAAUCGAUGAGAGAGGAACGGGAAAGAUUAUUCGACGAAAUAAAUGAAAAGAAACAAAUAAUAAACAAUUACAACAACAGUAAUUGCGGGAGCGGCGGCGGCGACAACAACAACAAAUUUCAAAACAUGCAUUUGGAACAAAGGUGUCAAACUCUUAUGACGACUCUUAGACAACAACAAAAACAAACGGAAGAUAUAUUAAAGAAUACUUGGAAGCAACACAAGGCUGAAGUAAACGAUCUUAAAUCCGUACUUAAAAUGACGGAGGAUAAAUUAAAAUGCCAGACGAAAGUCAUACAAGAACAAUUGAACAAAUUGACAAAAACGGAUCUUUUAGUCAAGGAUUUAUUCGUCGAAAAUGCUUAUCUAUUAUCAUCUGUACAAAAACUCGAACAGCAAUGUCAGACGACAUCGUCUACAAAUAGUAAAAAAUAA